GUUUCCAUUUAAUUAAGCAGCUGAGAGGCAUGAGUGUGGUGUUAGUGCUACUUCCUAUGGUGCUGUUUGUUAUGCUUGCGGGGGCUCAGCGAGCUUGCCCCAAGAACUGCAGAUGCGAUGGCAAGAUUGUGUACUGUGAAUCUCAUGCGUUCAGAGACAUCCCUCAGAAUAUUUCUGGAGGGUCUCAAGGCUUAUCGUUACGGUACAACAGCAUUCAGAAGCUUAAAUCAAAUCAGUUUGCAGGCCUGAAUCAGCUCAUAUGGCUUUAUCUUGACCAUAAUUACAUCAGCUCCGUGGAUGAGGAUGCAUUUCAGGGGAUCCGCAGGCUGAAGGAAUUAAUUCUAAGCUCCAACAAAAUUACCCAUCUGCACAACAAAACAUUUCACCCAGUCCCCAACCUCCGCAAUCUGGACCUCUCUUACAACAAGUUGCAGGUGUUGCAGUCUGAGCAGUUCAAGGGCCUUCGUAAACUCUUGAUCUUGCAUUUGCGGUCUAACUCGCUGAAAACCGUGCCGAUUCGAGUGUUCCAAGACUGCCGAAACCUUGACUUUCUGGAUUUGGGCUACAACCGCCUGCGGAGCUUAUCCCGUAAUGCUUUCGCUGGCCUUUUGAAGUUGACAGAGCUCCACUUGGAGCACAACCAGUUUUCUAAGAUCAAUUUUGCCCACUUUCCACGCCUCUUCAACCUUCGCUCGAUUUAUUUGCAGUGGAAUAGGAUCCGGUCUAUUAGCCAAGGGUUAACGUGGACUUGGAGUUCCUUGCACAACUUGGAUUUAUCAGGAAAUGACAUUACAGGGAUAGAGCCUGGGACCUUCCAGUGCCUCCCCAACCUGCAAAAGCUGAACCUGGAUUCCAACAAACUCACCAACAUCUCUCAGGAGACCAUCAAUACAUGGAUCUCGCUCAUCUCCAUCACUCUGUCUGGAAAUAUGUGGGAAUGUACGCGGAGCAUUUGCCCUCUGUUUACUUGGCUUAAGAAUUUCAAGGGAAAUAAAGAAAGCACUAUGAUAUGUGCAGGCCCUAAACAUAUCCAGGGUGAAAAAGUGAGCGAUGCUGUGGAAACAUAUAAUAUCUGUGCUGAAAUCCAGGUGGUGGUUACUGAAAGAUCAUACCAGGCACCCAAAACUCCCCAGAGACCUAUCUUCAUUCCCAAACCUACCAUUUCCAAACUUGAAAGCAAUCAGCCAACAUCGGUUAUGCCAAGCCCUUCUGCAGACAUCCCAACACCUGGAGUGGAACCAGAGUAUGAGCACGUUUCCUUUCACAAAAUAAUUGCGGGGAGCGUGGCCCUCUUUCUUUCUGUGGCCAUGAUUUUGUUGGUUAUCUACGUGUCGUGGAAGCGCUAUCCAGCCAGCAUGAAACAGCUCCAGCAGCAUACUCUCAUGAAGAGGCGCAGGAAAAAGGCCCGAGAGUCUGAAAGGCAAAUGAACUCCCCUUUACAGGAGUAUUACGUGGACUACAAGCCAACAAACUCUGAGACCAUGGAUGUAUCGGUUAAUGGAUCUGGGCCCUGCACGUAUACCAUCUCUGGCUCCAGGGAAUGUGAGGUAUGA